GGUUUAGCGCAACACGAAGAUACGCCGACCACGCCCCGCUCGAAUCGACAUCUAUAACUAUGUUGACUAGGCUUCAGUUUCCCAAUAGUAUCGGCAUCCUCAACUUGAUAGCGAAACAACCUAUAGGCUUGACGCGGAUUAGUCAGAUGGCGUACCAGUUACAACAGACCUGGAAAAGUGGCUUCGAACGGCCUAGAAUCCAUUUUACGGCAAACAGCUGGAUCAACGAUCCUUGUGCUCCGGGAUACGACCCAUGGACCAAUACCUACCAUGUAUUCUACCAAUGCAACCCAUCGAGCUGCGAAUGGGGUAACAUGUCCUGGGGCCAUCUGGUGUCUAGGGAUUUAUUGACAUGGACACCAGCUCCGGUUUCACCAGUUCUUGUCCCAGACCAGAUCUAUGACUCUGAAGGCGUCUUCACUGGGUGCUGGGUUCCUGCCACUAACGCCAACGACAGGACACUGAGGGUUGCUUAUUCCUCUGUGAAGCAUCUGCCAUUUCACUGGAGCACCCCACCAUACCCACGUCAUGCAGCCGGUUUAGCACUGGCAACCUCCCGCGAUGGAGGUAUCACUUGGGAAAAGUCUCCUCGCAAUCCAAUAUUGCCUGGUGAGCCAGACAGCUUGAACAUCACUGGCUUCCGCGACCCUUACGUGACGGCUCCGCUGUCCAUCCACCACAGUGACCCGGCAAAGCUUUACGGGCUGAUCAGUGGUGGGAUACAGGAUCUAGGUCCUACAACCUUUCUCUAUGAGAUAUCCCAAGAAAAUCUUGAGGAUUGGAAGUAUCUCAAUCCUCUUGUGGAUGUUCCGCUCCGAUAUCAACCGUCAGAUACGUGGAGUGGCAACUACGGCAUCAACUGGGAGUGCACCAAUUUGGUGACGCUUUGCGCAGGUGAUGUUUCACGCCACUUCCUUAUCAUCGGAGCUGAAGGUGAUGUUGAAAAGGAGCACGUGAAGAAGGACAAUGGACCCCCGGGAGUUCCUUCACGUACCAUAAGGACCCAGCUGUGGAUGUCAGGUCAUCUCACCACGAAUGAUGAGGGCAUCAUUAAAUUUCGAUACGAACACGGUGGCUUUCUCGAUAAUGGACCGUAUUACGCCGCGAACUCGUUCUGGGAUCCCAUCGGCAACCGCCGCAUUGUGCACGGCUGGAUCCCAGAAGAAGACAUCACCGCAGACGCUGCUAAAGCAAAGGGUUGGAAUGGCUCUCUCGCAAUUCUACGGGAGGUUUUCCUCCUUCGGAUUCCCAAUAUCAAAGGGACUUGCCGCAGCGAACUCUCCGAAAUAUAUCCCUUUGAGCAACUAGCGGAACCGGACGGUUCUACUACCGUUUUGACUCUAGGUGUGAGGCCUAUCAGAGAGAUGGCGAGACUCAGGGAGACUAGUGCCAGGAUAACAGAGCUGGAAUCUACUGUCAUGCUGCCUGGGCCAGAUACUGCAGCUUCCCGAACAAUUGCUCGCACACAGUCACCAAGCUGGGAGCUGGAGGCGGAAAUUGCCGUCCAUCCCGGAUGCCAAUCCGUUGGUUUCCAUCUUCGUCACAGUAACGAUCUUUCGAUUCGUACGACCCUUACAUUCUGUAUCGCUAAAGAGACCAUUCUCAUUGAACGGAAAGCUUCCAAUGACGAUCAAACAGUUAAUAAAUGCCCGGAUGCCGGACCCUUUACGCUACUGGCUCUGACGCGGCCGGAUGCGGGAGAUGAAGUGAUAUGGGAGAAGCUUAGAAUUCGCAUCUUCUCAGACGGGGAUAUUCUCGAAAUCUUCGCCAACGACCGCUUCGCGUUUGCCACUAUGGUGUAUUCCGAAAACUACGGCCCAGACAUGGGUGGAAUCACUGCGUUCGCUACCGGAGAGAUCAACAGUGCUUCAUUUGAAACCGUAAAGGUUUGGGAUGGCUUAGAUGUCAAAUACAUUAUGAGAGAAACCUGAACUACUGUAUAAUUGCACCAAUUUAGAUAUUGUUGAUUAAGAC